CAGUUGCACCGGGACGAUCUGGUCCUCCUGUCCUCCUCCUUUCUCUCCUCCACCGUCCAGAGGUUUCAAUUCCUUCUGCCUCUCACGUCCUAUUUUUCUUUGGAUCCCCCGAUGCUCCAACUCAAACUCUUCCCAAUUUCCUGCCUCUGAUCUUCACUUUCUUCAGAAUUCCAAGAUUUUGUUGUGAGUUGCAACAGAGCUACUCGUCAUCAUCCCUUCUUCCCUUUUACAUCCGGAUCACUGGGUUCUAACAGACGACCAAGCGACCAUUCGACAGACAGACAAACCGACCAGCAAGUAUGACAGACAAACCGGGCAUGCCGACGGGUGGCGGAGGCGGAGAUGACGCAGGAAGCAUAAUGGCGUUGCUGGAGCGCGUGGCGGGCCUCAUGGACAGCGUCCAGAUCACACAGCAGCGCAUGGAGGAACGUCAGCAGGAGCUGGAGAACACAGUGAAGACCAUCCAGGCCAAUGUCAUCAAGCUGACAAGCGACCACGCCAACACCAGCUCCAGUGUCGACCGGCUGCUGGAGAAGACGCGCAAGGUCAGCCGCCACAUCAAGGACGUCAGGGUGCGUGUGGAGAACCAGAACGUCAGGGUGAAGAAGGUGGAGGCAACUCAGGGCGACCUCCUGGCCAAGAACAAGUUCAGGGUGGUCAUUUAUCAGGGUGACCAGGAGGUGAAGGCCGUUACACCGGGCAGCGAGCCGGCAGAACCAAGCGCCGGCGCCAGAGGCGAAGUGGAACCGGACAAGUUCGAGCUCCCGCCAGAGUCGGACGAGGAGUACAUGGUGGUGGAGGAGGCCGACUCCUCGUCGGCCGGCCACAUGAAGAAGACGGGCCUGACGCGCAUAGAGAGCUUCAAAGCCACGUUCUCCAAGCAGAACAUGAGCAAGACCCGCGAGAACCUGGGAUCCAAGGUCAACAAGUUCGGUGAGCGCAUCGUGACGGCCGAGAGGCGCGAGAAGAUCCGCCAGUCCGGCGAGAGGCUGAAGCAGUCGGGCGAGAGGCUGAAGGAGACCAUCACCAAGAGCGUCCCGGCCAAGCUGAAGAAGGAGAGGACUGUGGCAGAGGGCCAGGAAGGAGCCGAGGGCGCCACGGAGGGAGCGGCGCCCGUCCCUCCCCCCAAGGGCCUCAAGGGCAGCCGGGACGCUGCCAAGGCGGCUGCCGACGAGGACAAGGUGGAGGAGUCGGAGGUGCCGAUGUACGACAUGAAGCAGCUAUCGUAAACCGCCAGACGGUGACGAGAUCGGACAAAGUCUGUGGGGGGCGCUGCUGCCAAGCGGCGCUGCAGGGGGGGGGCGGUGAGGAAGUUUAACUUCAGUGUGAACGUGGUGGAAGGAAGUGAGCGAACGGGGCCGGUCUCAGAUCCAAUCAGACUGAACGUCAGGACAACAACCAAACAAACUCCUGAAAUCCCGGAGGUUACUUCAUCUGUAGUGGACACUAAUUAUGGAAUAAGAAGAUAUAUAUACGGUCUUUUUCUGUUUUGUCUUCAAUAAACACUGACUAAACGUGUUCCUGCAAGGAACCUCUCCAUCAUCUUCAUCUUCAUCACACUGCUGCUGCCGCUCACUUGUUUCUGCACGUUGAUCUGACCGAGCAUCUCGUGAGGUCGUGGUGCAUUUGGUUUUGUAGAAAUGUUUGAAGGAAUAAAUAACUUAUGUAUACGUGAAAUGAUUAAAGUGAGAAGAUAAAAAUCUCUGCAGUUCAUGGAGCAGAGAACGAGACAGUGCUUCACUAUAGCAUGAAAAGUUACUGAUUGUUUAUGAAGGAAUUAUCUUUUCAUGGGGAACGAAGAAGCGAGAGCAGUUUGAGGUUUCGAACUACAGACCUGGGGGCAGAUCCACACACACACACACACACACACACACACACACACACACACACACACACACACACACACACACACACACACACACACACACACACACACACACACACACACACACACACACACACACACACACACACACACACACACACACACACACACACACACACACACACGUUUCAGUUUCUGCAGCUUUUAUUUUAGCGUUUAUCUAUAUUUAACUUUACGUUUGGAGCAAGUAGUUCAGCGAGCAGCGCCCCCUUGUGGACGAACUACGACGGCGUUGGUGUUUUUUUCUUUAGCUUUGCUGGCGAGUGACUGCAUGGCUGUAGUUUGUCAGAGAUGUUUCAUUAAAGCUGUUUUGUCACGUGGAGAAAAUAAAAGUCAACUUGGAUCAUUUCUGUA